UCUCCUUCACUCUGCUGUUUUCUUUUGGACUCUGAAGGUGGAAAAAAGAAGAAGAAACCACUUCUCUCUUUAUGAAAACUGCUCCAUCAUCGGAACGUCGACGCGACGUUUCAGUAGAAACUCAGAAAACAAAAAGUUUUUUAUUUUUUAUUUUUAACUGGAAAUAAAAUAAAAACCAAGCUGGACGUCGCGACGUCGCUUUCUGAGCAGCCGGUCUGAGGAGCCGCGUUCAGCUGAACUCAGGACCAUGUCCCCCUCCAUCUGCAGGACUGUCUUUGCUCCUCCUCAGGGUGACCACCUGACAUGAAAGACUGAAGUUUGAGGACACGGUGCCCCCUGCUGGACUCCUGCUGCAGCUGCAGGCCAUGGCUGAGCCCAGCUACUCCGACCUGAUUGCCAAACACUACAACUACACCGGCAAGUUCCGUAAGACCCAGCAGGACUCGGGUCUGAAGGCCGACUCUGUGGUCUUCAUCAUCGUGUGCUGCUUCAUCAUCCUGGAGAACAUCCUGGUCCUGACCACCAUAUGGAGGACCAAGAAGUUCCACAAGCCCAUGUACUACUUCAUUGGGAACCUGGCUCUGUCCGACUUGCUGGCAGGUGUCGUCUACACCGCCAAUAUCCUGCUGUCGGGCGCCAACACCUACAAGCUGACGCCCACGCAAUGGUUCUUCAGGGAGGGCAGUAUGUUCGUGGCGCUGGCGGCGUCCGUCUUCAGCCUGCUGGCCAUCGCUAUCGAGCGCCACCUCACAAUGCUGAAGAUGAAGCUGCACAACAAUGGCAACACAUGUCGUGUGUUCCUGCUCAUCAGCACGGUGUGGAUGAUUGCAGCGGUGCUGGGGGGGCUGCCGGUAAUGGGCUGGAACUGCAUCCAGAACAUGGUGCAGUGCUCUACGGUGCUGCCGCUCUACCACAAGACCUACAUCCUGUUCUGCACCACCGUCUUCAGCAUCAUCCUCAUGGCCAUCGUGGUGCUCUACGCUCGGAUCUAUGCGUUGGUGCGCACUCGCAGCCGAAAACUUGUCUUCCGUAAAGUGUCCAACGGCCGCGGCAAUGCCAGCACCAACAGCAAGAGCUCAGAGAAGUCGCUGGCUCUCCUGAAGACCGUCAUCAUUGUUCUGAGCUGCUUCAUUGCCUGCUGGGCACCACUCUUCAUCCUCCUGCUGCUGGACGUGGCCUGUGAGACGCUGAGCUGCCCCAUCCUCUACAAGGCCGAGUGGUUCCUGGCGCUUGCCGUUCUCAACUCUGCCAUGAACCCGCUCAUCUACACGCUGACCAGCAACGAGAUGCGCCGAGCGUUCCUCAAGACCCUGCUGUGCUGCACGGCCUGCAUCCGGCCAAAAGCCAAGUUCACCGGGCCAAUCAUGGGCGCCGAGUUCAGCCGCAGCAAAUCCGAUAACUCCUCCCAUCCCAACAAGGAGGAGGCGGAGUAUUCGCCGAAGGAGACCACUUCUGGGAACGUCACGUCGUCAUCCUAAACAAGGAAAGGAGUCUGGGUUUGUGUUUGUACAGGAGACACAUGCAAUGUCGUUUCGAGACUUGCUGAUCAGGUCUCACAGCACUUAUGGAGACUUCCAAACUGGUUAAACUGGAACCAGAGAACCAUGACUUAGUGGAAGUCCACACUCUGUUUGUAGUCCACAACCUUCAGUCAGAGCCGCCGCGCCAGCUGCAGGAGGACCAUCGGUGUAGCUGCUGCAUCCCACAGGCAGCCGGCUCUCUUCAGUUCAGCUGCUGCUUGUGGAUUAUUAUGGUCCCUGUUUGAGUCCAGACCGGGUCAGACCAGAACCUGGUUCAGCAGAUUUCUUCCAAAUAUCCUCGUGAUACAAAACAUUAUCUUGGAAAACACACACGAGCAAACAGUGGGAGCAUCUGGAGGGUUGAUAGCGGCUCUAGUAGUGAAUUACUGAUGCGAUUCAAUGCAUCAUGAAGGUUCCUGAGCAGCAGUUCUGAGCCGGAUAGAAGUUUUUAUUGAUCCCCGUAGAAGUGUCAGACUUUUCACUCACCCUCUAAGAACAACUAGGACAUGUAGCGCUUAAACACACACCUAUGAAAUAUUUAAGAUAUACAAAUUAAUUCAUGAUGUUUUCUCCACUGUCUUUAAAAACACUCAUUUAUGGAGACCCACACAUGACUUCAGAGUUCUGUUGCUUAUUUACCCCUUUUUUUGUCAAAUUAAAUGUCAUUCAUUUAAUUUGUAUAAAACAUUAAUUUUAUACAAAUUCCACAGAUUUGAAAUGAGCUUAAAGUUGAAACUAAACCUGCUAAAAAUCACAUUGGUGAAACAAUGAAGAGCAUAAAAACAUUCAAUUUUCUGCAAGAUUGGUUAAAAAGAAGAAAGGGAAAAACAGUGGAAGUUUUCCUUUUUUUGGACUUAUUUUUGGUCUACUGUGAGUAAAUUUUACCUGAACAAAAAUGUCUUUUUGAACCAUGGCUAGCUUUUCUUUUGAAAAUUUACACGGCAAAUAAGGGAAGAAAAAGGAUACAAAACUGAAAAAGAAAAAGAUCAAAAUAACUGAGUUAAGGUUUUAUUUCAUAUAAAAAUUCUAAGUUGACAUUAACCUUCGUUCAUUUUUAUAUAAUACCAUAGGUGAGGGUAGGAACAUAGCAGUAAAUCGAGAGCUUCUUCACCUCCACAGACCGAUGCAGAGUCCACAUCACGGCAACGCUGCACCUGCUCCUUCCUUUCCUCGCUUAUAAACAAAUAUCCUAGAUCCCGGGUGUCCUGCUCUGGUCCUCGAGGGCUGCAGCCCUACAGGUUUUAGAUGUUUUCCUGCUCCUGAUUCAAAUUAAAUGUCUCUCUUCCUUGUCAAGUGCUGCCCAAAUAUGUUGAUCCAUUAAUCUGAAUAAGGUGUUUACAUCCCUAUCCUAGACAUUUGAACUCCUCCACUGGAAACAGAAUCUCAUUCCAGACCCAAAGAGGAAACUCCACUCUUUUCUAGGGAGAGCUGGAGAUCAUGGCCCGAUGAAGCCAACAGAGCCACAUCAUCUGCAAAAAAGCAGAGUCCCAAUCCUGAGUCCACAAAACUGUUCCCCUGCAACUGGACUGGAACUGAGGCCCUCCCUGAGCCAUCACCUUAUCGUAAUGGAGGGGUUUGCAUGUCCCAGCGGUCCUAUGAGAUAUGUUGUCCGGGACUUCCUGGUAGGGUCACCCAAGGCAAACAGGUCUCCAGGUGAGGGACAAAAAGCAGCUCAAGACAUUCCUAUGAAAAAAAUAUCAUUGUAGAUCGAUUCCCAGCCUCUAGCUUCUGCAUUCAAAUGGGAAUUUGGUUUUAGAAACCUCCAUGAUAAUUGAUCAUCAAUACAAUUAAGACUGUUAAAGCUCUGAAGUAAAUAACAAAGUUAAAUCACAUUUUACAUUGAUGGUUAUUUUGUGCGAUUUGUCCCAAAAGCUGCUGAACUCUGGAUUCAUGAUGAUGGGAUGUUUUGUAAAAAGUUUCUGGUUUAAAAGUUGUAGAAACUGUGGGUCAAAAUGUAUUUUCUAUUUUCUGUGUGUGUUGCUGUUGUUUGUAGCGUCGUCUGCAUAGUUUCAUUAAUUUAUAUCUGAAAGCUUGAAGGAAAAAUGUUUAAUGAUGAAAUGAGACGUUUUGCUCAGCUGUGCCACAGAUCUAUGGAAGCCCAUUCCUGCCAAUAAUAAAUAAUCAAAUCUCAGAAUGGGAGGUGAAAUAUGCUAAAAAUGCUCAAGUAAAAAAAGGAUUAAAUUGGUUUGUAUUGAUUAUGAAAUGUACAAAAAAUGGAGGUUGGAAAUAACUCUUUACAAUUUUACUAGAAAACUUGUGGAGUUUUUCUUUUUUCGUUUAAUUACUUUUACAUUUGUUAAUCAUAUUUGAUUAGAUUAUCUUUGGCUCCGGUUACGGAAGAUCUCAAUGGACCUUAUGGUGAGAUUAUUAAAACAACUGAUUUUAAGUAUAAUUGGCAUGAUCUUUUUAAAACUUUUUCUCGAGAAUAGGGUUCCAUAGACCUGUUUCCAUGGUUACCAGUACCAUUUGACUUCCUCUCAUUCUCCAUCAGGAGCUGACUGAUUGAUUAAUUAAUUAAUUCCUUUGUUGUUGUCAAACAGUUUGUGACAGUCCAGCCUGAACUGUCUGUCUGCACUGUUUAACUCCUGGAUGUUUGUUUGUUAGCACUUAAUAAAAAUAAAUAGAAACACGAUUUGUUUCUGAAUUAAUAAAGUUUGAAAAGUUCCAUAAAUCCAACAUCUUGUCCUAACAAGGAAAAACUGGAAGGAAAAUAUUAACAAAAAAUGUCACAUGUUUGAUCAGUUUUACUUUUUCAACAUGUUAAUUAUUUGAGCAGCUGAAACGUGUCAAAAUAUACGAAAAAGAAAUAAAUAUUAAACAUGUGACUAACUCUU